AUGGUUGAAGUUCGACAGUACCACCUGUUCCCAACAGAUCUCAUCCCAAACUCGCCGAGGCCUUUACUACACUACAAGAAUGUCCUGGCUCGGAAACCAAGCAGCUCCCAUUGCGAUCCAGCCGAAGUCUGGGACAUGUUCACCCAAAAUGGGUGGAAAGUGAACUGGAUAUUCCGAUACAGUGAGACACAACUAUCGCACUACCACUCCAAGGCCCACGAGUGUAUGGCCGUCCUCUCGGGCACCGCUAAGAUCCGAUUCGGCGUCGCCGACACAUCCGACGAUCUAUUCCAAAACACGCGGGGUUCCUCUUGGGAGGAGGGUGGGGUCGAACUGGAAGCGGAAGCUGGCGAUGUUUUUAUUAUUCCUGCUGGUGUGGCGCAUAAGACAUAUGACACGAAACCUGAAGCAGAUUUCAAGCUCUUGACACCAGGGAGGGGACAUGGUAUCGAGGCUGAGGACCCGAAGAAAGCGUUGGCAGAUAUUCAGCUAUCUGGAUACACCAUGAUGGGAGCUUAUAACGGUGGUGAUUGGGAUUUCAUCAAAAGUGGGGGAGACUUUGAGAGAGUAUGGGCGGUUCCGAAGCCGAGUCAUGACCCUGUAUUUGGAAAGUCAGAGCGAGGACUUUGUAGGACAUGGCGUGGAAGUGGCGGCAUUGCGUCUGCUCGUCUGUAA